AUGGAGAGAAAGCUAUCUACGACUAAAAAGGGCGUUAAAGAGGACAAACACUCCUUUAGAAUCUACGUGCUCCGGAUGGCCAUUGUCCAAACUUUCUGGGAGUACACAGAACGCACCAAGGUGAGCGGCAUGUGGCUACUGCGCCAAAAUCGCACGGAAGGACUCUCGAGAUUCAUUUGGGCAUCGGUACUGUUGCAGCUGCUGCUAUUGAGCAUUUACCUGACAAUGCUGCUAUGGCUCAAGUUCUAUUCGUAUCCUAUUCUCAAUACUAUUUCCAAUGAUUUAUCUAUUACGGACGUGGCUUUUCCUGGAGUCACAAUUUGUAGUCCCAAGGUGGUAAACAUGGAGCGGGUGGAGCGCUUUGUCAAUACGCUCAACAUUCCGCCUGAGUAUGACAUUAGCGAUGUAAUCGCCGGCUUUGAGUUUUUAAACGCAUUCACGGACCAAAGCUUCCAGCCACCCCCCCACGAGAGCUAUAAGAUCACUGAUGCCGUGCUAACAAUCAACAAUGUAUCCACCUGGGAGGCUGCUUUAGCUGUCAGUCCCGGUUGCGCAGACUUCGUGAAGCGCUGCUUUUGGGGUUUUAGUGAAUUCCCCUGCAAUCAGAGUCAUGAGUAUUUAUCCUUCAUACCUACAACUGCCUACUUGGGUCCCUGCUGCUCCUUCAACUACAAUCCUCGCAAUACCAGCUUUGUACCCUUUUCGGCAAACAUCUUCGGCAUGGAUGGGGGGCUAACCUUUAUAGGCACCGAAGGCUCGGAGCGAAAUCUGAGCACCGGCUUGAUAGUCCUGGUGCACCAUCCCAUGGACUAUGUCACGGAAUCCGCUGCAUCGGUCACUAUAACUGCUGGUUCGGAGAGCUUUGUGGAGGUCUCGCCCACGGUCCAAAGCUCCUCGGCCGAGGUGUUAGAGCUGUCACAGCGUAAGCGGGAUUGCCUCAUCUCCGAUGACGUGGAGCUUCGAAAUUAUCGGCAGGCAGCCUGCAUGCUCUCCUGUCAGACGGAGGCCAUAUUCAGCCAGUGCGGAUGUCAUCCUUAUCUGCUGCCCAUUGUCAACGAUAAAUACAAGGAGUGCAAUCUUAACGAUACGUUUUGCUAUUCAGAUAACUACGAUAACUUUAAGAGCGUCCGUUGCGAUCAAUGCCUACCAAAUUGUUAUGAUGUGACCUACUCCACGCUAUCCUAUAAAACGGACUUAAACUUGCACCAGUACUCUGUCAGCAACCUAUAUACGCCAGACUUGCUAACCAACGACAGCUUUGUGUUGCGCGUCUAUUUGGCGAAGCAAGUAGUGCCUGCCAUACGCAAAGUAACUGUCAUGUCCUGGACCGGUCUGCUCUCCGAUUUGGGUGGCAUUUUCAACUUGUGCCUGGGACUGAGCAUGAUUUCAAUUGUGGAGUUCUUUUACUACUGCACAUUUCGGUUGCACAAGAACUACAAAUUACAAAAGGUUUUAGUGUCUAAGCAAGCGUGGCAAUAG